AUGACGUCCAGCGCGAUGGAGGAGCUGGAGGCCGACUCGCGUCGCUGCGUGCUGCUGACGCCAGUCAGCGGCAAUCAGCUGCUGCUGACGUCAGAGCUGGUUAGCCUGGACGGCGUGCGACUGCUGUCGUCUCAGGCGCCGCAGGCCGCCGCCACCGCCGCCGCCGCCGUCCGACCGCGCUGUCUAGUCUGCAGCGUCGAUCUCUCAGCCGAACUCAAGUCCUGGAACGUGCACGACACCCGCACCAAGGAGACCAGCCUCACGCUGCACAAGAGACUGUCGCUGAUACUGAACGAGGCCGUGGACGAGUGCAGCGAGUUCAUCUGCGAGACGUGCUUGGGCCUGGUGAACUUCGUGGACGAGUUCGAGCGUAAGGUCCGCAUGGCCGAGGCCGACCUGCGCUCCAAGUUCUUGCGGACGCGGCGCGGAACGGACGGCGGCGGUGACGGCGGCGAUGGCGGCGGCGGCGGGGGAGGCGGACAGCCGGACGAUGAUGUCAACACCAUGGUGGUGGAGCUCAGCAAUCCGUCCGACAACGACCAGGAGGACGAGGCGGCCGAGGACGACUCGCCGGUCGGCUCGGAGGCCGGCGAUGACUCGGCCGCGGCCGGCGUCUCGCAGGACGCGCCCUUCCCCUGCAGCGUGUGCCUGAAGUCGUUCUCGACCAAGUACGGCCUGUCCAUCCACCAGCGGGUGCACUAUGACGCCAAGAGCAACGUGUGCGAGUUCUGCAACAAGGCAUACCCGACGCGCGCCAAGCUGAUGAAGCACGUGCGCGCGCACACGGCCGAGCGCAAGUUCCAGUGUGUCGAGUGUGGCAAGCUGUUCCGUGCUCAGGAUCAGCUGGCCGUGCACGCCAAGUUCCAUAGCGGCGAGCGGGCGCACGUGUGCGACUACUGUGGCAAGGGAUUCGUGCAAGUGGGUGAUCUCAACAAGCACCACCGUAUUCACUCUGGUGAAAAGCCCUUCUCGUGUUUGGAGUGCGGCAAAUGCUUCAAGCGCUCUGACGAGUUGAAGAACCACCAGCGGUUCCACACGGGUGAGCGGCCGUACAACUGCGAGUUCUGCGGCAAGAUGUUCACGCAGAGCGGCGACCUGCGGCGACACCGGCGUAUCCACACGGGCGAAGAGCCCUACUCGUGCGAGUUCUGCGGCGUCCGGUUCCGGCGAACGGACCAGCUGCGGGCGCACGUGGGCAUCCACACGGGCGAGAAGGGCCACAUGUGCAGCCUGUGUGGCCGCGGCUUCUCCUCGUCCGAGCUUCUGGCCAAGCACACCGUCUCGCACACGGGCGUGCGGCCACACGCCUGCCCGCACGCCGGCUGCGCCAAGUCCUUCUUCCAGGCGGAAGAUCUGGCCAAGCACAGUCUGGUGCACAGCGGCGUGAAGCCGCACGCCUGCGAGUUCUGCACCAAGCGCUUCGUGCGCGAGGACUCGCUCAAGGUGCACCGGCGCGUGCACACGGGCGAGCGGCCGUUCUGCUGCGAGGACUGCGGCCGCAUGUUCAUCUCGCAGAGCUACCUGAACUCGCACCGACGCAUCAUGCACACCAACGAGAAGCCGCACCGCUGCCAGACGUGCGGCAAGUGCUUCCUCACGCGGACCUUGCUCACCGUGCACACGCGCUACCACACGGGCGAGCGGCCGUACCAGUGCGACCAGUGCAGCAAGUCCUACAUCCAGCAGGGCGACCUGCAGAACCACCUGCGCACGCACACCGGCGAGCGGCCGUACGUCUGCAAGGAGUGCGGCAAGGCGUUCGCCUCGCGCUCCCAGAUGGGCGCGCACGGUCGGCGCGUGCACGGCGGCGCGCGGGCGUUCGCCUGCGAACAGUGCGGCAAGGAGUUCGGCCAGGCGCACGAGCUGCGCGCGCAUGAGCGGCAGCACGCGGACGUAGCGCGACCGUUCGGCUGCGCGUUGUGCGGCAAGACGUUCGCGCAGCAGGGCUUCCUGCGCAAGCACCAGCUGACACACGGCGAGCAGCCGGCGCCGGCCGUCGAGCCGAUGGUGGAGCUGUUCGUGAUGGACCUGCCGGUGGCCGGCCAGUCGGCGGACGGGCAGCAGCCGGUGGCCGAGGCGGCGAUGUUUUCCGUGACGCGCGUCGCGGAGUGUGGUGAACGGGCGGACGUGCAGCUGGUUCAUUUCGUCAUCCCGGACGGUGUGCGUCCGAUUGACACUUGCUGCUCCAAACACGACAACGAAGACGACGACGACGACGACAACGACGAUGACGAGAGCGUGGAGGAAGAGGACGAUGAUGUGUACGAGACAAGAUGA